GUGUUGGCUACUGAAAGUCGCCAUUUCUGUCUCGGUUUAUUCUACUUUUGACGUUUAUUGUUUAAGCCAAUUUUUUUUCGUUUUAGUCCAUUUUAUCGUGUAAGGAUUGCCACUAUGUAUGGAGUUGUGGAAAAGUAAAAAAAUAUUUAAAGAACACAGCCGUAAGAAUACCGGAAGUUAUUAUGGCGCUUCCUCGCUGCAUUUGACAGGAAUCAGUGAUUACAUAUACGCGCUACGAUGUGGACAGACAAGCAAAGAGGAAUCCAACUGUCUCAGGAGAAGCUUCUGUGCAAGAACACCUGCGGCUACUAUGGCAACCCGGUGUGGCAAGGCUUCUGCUCCAAAUGCUGGAGGGAGCAAAUGCGACCCGCGGAAGCCCGCACGCAAGACUCCAGACCCAGUAAUGAUGCAACUCCGCCGACCUUCUCCAAAUUUGAGGAGAAGAAAAAUAUGGAAAAGAGCCGCCGUAUCAACACUAUGAGGAGACUCUUCUGGGGCGGUCCGUCUCCUCCCAAGCAAGAGCCCUCCGAUAGCCACCUGCUCGUGUUAAAAGCCUUCCAGAACCUACAACCAGGAGAUUUCACCGGCUUCCUAAAGAUACUUCGGAGCACAUCCGCCCAGCAGCUUCAGUCCCGAUGUACAACCUUCCUCAAUACCAUGGAAGCUUACCAUCAUUUGCCAGUACAGAAGCUGUCAGACCUUGUGCACGAUUUCUUCCAGUCCUAUGCAGAAUAUUUCAACAGUUUUUCAGAAGCCGAGCUCACACAGACGAUGGAGCACGUGGAGAAGCUCAUCAUGACCCGCUUGCACAAAUGGGUCUUCUGCCAUGACAGCUGUGAUGACGAGCAGAAGGACCUGGCUCUUCAGAGGAGAAUCCGUUCUUUAGCGUGGGUCACCCCACAAAUGCUUGGUGUGCCCUUUCCUGAUAUACAGAGUCCAAUUACCGGGGAUCCCUUUCUUCCUGCUAUAACAGCCAUUAUUGAGAUGGACGCCAAGCGGGCGCCUCAGGACAAACUGGUGUGCGUGUCCAAGUGCAGCCAGCAGGUCUUCGAGGCGCUCGCCGCCUCCAACAGCGAGCCGGCCAACGCUGACGACUUCCUGUCUGCGCUGGUGUACGUGGUGCUCAAGGCCAACCCGCCUCGCCUGCACUCCAACAUGCAAUACGUCAUCCGCUUUGGCCUCCCGCACAGUCUUAUGGCAGGAGAGAGCGGCUACUAUUUCACCAACCUGUCUUGCGCGGUGGCCUUCAUCGACAAACUGGACGGACCGGCACUCAACCUCAGCCCGACCGAGUUCGAAGGCUACAUGAGGCAUCGACGGGGCCCGGCCGCCGCAGGGAGCGUGAGGCAGCAGGCGGCGGAAGGGACGCAGCACCUGCUGGACGAGCUAACGAGCAGGCAGGAGGAGCUGGACCGCGGCGUGGACUCGCUCAACACGCAGCUGCAGAAGUGGGUGCAGACGGUACAUUCCCAGCUCGACGAGACCACCUCCAAGUUCGCCACGGCGCAGAGGGAGCUGUCUUCGUCUUUGUCGUCGCCAACAGGAGAGGAGGUCCCACAGCAGUUGGUGCUUACUGAUCAAUAUGCGGGACCGGACGACUCCGACUGUUAAUCAAACCUCCCAUCCAGUACGGGAUUUUUUUCUCUCAUAUAAAUCCUCAGCACUGAUGUUUUGAUAAAUGAUUUUCAUGAUGAAGGAUACAGCACAGAGCACACAGCGGUGAGGGCGGAUUUUGUAGUUCCACUUUCUUUUUUGCACUCCUAAUGUGUGUCAAAGAAGGAACUAAUCAAUACAUUACAAUGUAAUUACAAGCAAUACUGUACUAAGCACUCAGGUUGUCCCCUCCCCCUCUCGCUAACCCAUGUGUCUAUAUAAUAAUGUCAAAUCUUAAAAAAUGUUAUAAGGUAUAUUUGACAAACUGAGGUCUUUACGGGAACAUGAAGUAACUCAACUAUUGUACUAUUGUAUCUGUGCUAAUGUGCAGGUACACAUUGUUUACACAUUGUUAGCAAAAUCAAAGUGGGGUUGUGUCAUAAUAGAUGAUCAUAUAUUAAAAUUGACACGUGA